UUCAAACUGGGUUCUGUCUUGCUGGAUCCAGUCAAAAAGCCAGCUGAAGCAGUGACAGAGGUGCUGAUCCACACUUUGCAGCGAGGAAACACACUACAGGAGCACAACAGGAAACUGAUGGAGGAGAACCAGAGGCUGAUACAAGAACACCAACGCAUUAUUGAAGAGCUCAAACACUAUGCUGAAGGUAAAGAGGCCCUGGAGGCAGAACUGUACUCUCGGUUUGUCCUGGUCCUCAAUGAGAAGAAAGCAAAGAUCCGCAGUCUGAAAGAAGCCGUCACAACCCUGCAGGAAACAAGAGAUUCUGAUGGACGGAAGAACAAGGAUUCUCCAAAGUCUGAUCAAAAAGGGGGUGAUGACGGUGAGGAUGAUGAGUAUGGAGGUAGCACCGACGAAGAGCAAAAGGAAGAGGAGUCAACAGUAGCAUCUCAGGUGACAUCGAGAGAUUCUGAUUCUCCCAGCCCGUUGAAUCUCCGUGACAUCACGGAUGUUGCUCCCUGUCGCAAGCGCCGGUUCCGCCAUCUUGGUGCCCCAGAGGUUGCUUUGAAAAAAACAAACCCCGAAAAGACGCAGGAGAAAAGGAAAGACUCUUCUGCAGCAUCAAGUCAACUGCAGGUUCCCCACCACCGUAUAGAUGCUAAAAAAGGAGCUUCAACUGAAACGUCUGCAGCAGAAGACCUGUUUGAGGAUAUCUGACUCAGUUCCAUAACUGCAUCGAUUACUCCUGUUAAAAUUGACUUGUUUUGAAAUCAACCUGAAGAAAUUAUGUCGAUAUUUAACCUGUUAUUUGACCUGCAGCCACAGUGGGGUCUUUGAUAUAUUUUACUACUAAAAAUGUACUAAAGCUCUGAGUUGUCUAGAUUUACUGUAAAUUGGAAUGUUGAAUAAAAAAUGUACAAAAUAUAAUUUAAAAAUGUGUAAUUC